AUGAAAUCCGUGUCGAGAGGCGAUCGCGGGCGAGGUCGUCUUCACGACUGCUCUCAGGCCUGCCCGCUGUGCUGCCCAAUGAGGGCAAAAUUCUGCCCAGUUAUCCUCUGCAUCGAUUGGGAGUUGAGCACAUUCAUCAAAGUUACAUUUGGCUUAAUUAAAAAAAUACCUUCUCGACUGCUUAGCAGAAGCCAAUUGGAAGAAGUACCAUUGUCCAAGAGGGGCAUCUUAAAAGGGAAGACCUUUGAGUUGAAAGAGCAUCGCAACAGCUUGGGCACGGGCACCAACAGGGUACUGAAGCUGGGCUCAGUCUUCAAGCGGAACGUGCGCAAGCUGAGAGAGAAAAGCCUGAACCUUGAUUUGGUCUUCCUGGUGGACGAGUCCUCCAGCGUGGGCAGUGUCAAUUUCGACAAUGAGCUGAAGUUUGUCAAGAAGCUGCUCUCGGACUUCCCGGUGGUGCCAUCUGCCACCCGGGUGGCGAUCGUGACCUUCUCGUCCAGGAGCAACGUCGUGCCCAGGGUCGACUACAUCUCAGCCCCCCAGUACCACCAGCACAAGUGCUCUCUGCUGAAUGAGGAGAUCCCUGCCAUCAGCUACAGGGGAGGUGGCACCUACACCAAGGGAGCUUUCCAGCAGGCAGCACAAAUCCUGCGACACUCGCGGGCCAACUCCACCAAAGUGGUGUUCCUCAUCACCGACGGCUACUCAAAUGGCGGGGACCCGCGUCCAAUCGCUGCCUCCCUGCGGGACCUGGGGGUGGAGAUCUUCACACUCGGCAUAUGGCAGGGCAACAUUCGGGAGCUGCAGGACAUGGCAUCACAUCCCAAGGAGGAGCACUGCUACAUCUUGCACAGCUUCGCGGAGUUUGAAGCCUUGGCUCGUAGAGCACUGCAUGAAGAUCUUCCCUCUGGCGACUACAUCCAGGAAGACCAAGCCCGCUGUUCAUUCCUCUGUGAACUGAACCAGGACUGUUGUGAUGAGAUGGCGAGCUGCAAGUGCGGCACCAACACGGGCCAGUAUGAGUGCAUCUGUGAGAAAGGCUACUACGGGAAGGGGCUGCAGCAUGAAUGCACAGCUUGUCCAUCUGGGACUUACAAGGCAGAAGCGAAGCCUGGUGGGAUCAGUACCUGCCUCCACUGCCCCAGUGAGAACUACACAUCGCUACCAGGAAGCACCUCAAUCAAAGACUGUGUCUGCAAGGAAGGAUACAAAGCUGUAGGACAGGCAUGUCAAGUAGUCCAGUGCCCCAAGUUGCAGCCACCUCAGAACGGAUACUUCAUCCAGAACUCUUGCAAUAACUAUUACAAUUCUGCCUGUGGAAUCCGGUGUAAGCUGGGCUUCGACCUGGUGGGAAGCAGCAUUCGUUUGUGUCAAUCCAACAGCCUCUGGUCAGGCUUGAACCCCGACUGCAGAGUUCGCUCCUGCCCCAGGUUACAGAAACCUGAGCAUGGGUCUAUAAACUGCUCAACUGAUGACACAUCCUACAGGACUGUUUGCCAUGUGACCUGUAACAAAGGCUACCUGUUGGAGGGAAGGUCAAAGCUCACUUGCCUGGCGAACAUGCUCUGGGAUAGGAAGGAGCCGAGAUGCAUUGAAGUCCGUUGUCCGGCCAUGCAGAAGCCGAGUGGGGUGACGGUAUCCCCCAGUGUUUGCAGGAAGGCUGCAAUGAAACCAGGGAGCGUGUGCAAAUUGAGCUGUCGUCGUGGUUACAGUCUGUCGGGAGUCAUGGAGGACGUUUACUGUCUGAGCAGCGGCAAGUGGAGUCAGGUGUUGCAAAAAGCCUUUUGUCGAGAUAUUGAGGCUCCCCAAAUCCACUGUCCAGAGGAAGUCCAGGUAGCGACUUCAGAACAUCAGAAAACAGCAAAUGUCACCUGGCAGACACCAGAAGCCAACGAUAACUCUGCUGAUGAGGUGUCUUUACAAGUCAUUCCUGCAGUGGUUCCACCUCACCUUUUCCCAAUUGGAGAAAUCAGCAUCAUGUAUACAGCAGUGGACAAGAGUGGGAACAAAGCAAAUUGCUCCUUAAAUAUAAAAGUUAUUGAUACUGAACCCCCUGUGAUUGACAGGUGUCGCUCACCAUUGCCCAUCCUGACACAUGAGGAGACUUAUCAAGCCAUGUGGGAGGAACCUCAGUUUUCCGAUAAUUCAGGUGCUCCAGUAAAGAUUAGGAAGACACAUUCACUUGGAGAUUUCUUCUCCCGUGGAGAGACAGUUGUGCGUUACACUGCGACAGAUCCUUCCGGCAAUAACAGGACUUGUGAUAUUCACAUUGUCAUCAGAGAUACUGCUUGCGGAGUGCCUUUCACUCCUCUGAAUGGAGGCUUCUCUUGUGUUGCUGAUGACUUGCGUGUGAACUGCACUCUGUACUGCUUUGAUGGAUAUGGACUUGCUGUCGAAGCAGUUGAAAAUUAUUAUUGUGCUCAUGAUGGCCUGUGGAUUCCAGCUGCCUCAUCCAUGAGGCCUGAUUGCUCCACAGAACGCUUUGGGAAUAACGGCAACAAGCGAUUUGAGGUGCAGUACAAUGUGAAUCGAUGUGAUGACUUCACUCUACUGGAUAACUUUGAGAGGACUUUUGACAACGCCUUAGCCGAAACGGUUCCAUCCCUGUGCAGCGAUGAUAACGAUGUUGAAUGUAAUGUGAAGGAAUUGCCCAAAGCACAGUGCCUGGAGUAUAACUAUAACUACGAUAAUGGCUUUGCCAUCAUAGAACCAGGAAUAUGGGGAGAUAAUUAUGAGCCGCUGAGUGAAACAGACUACUCUUUCAGCGCAGUGAAAUCCUCCAGGAUACAGAAACGGUCCAGCAAGCAGAAUCCUGUAACUGUAACCCCUAAGCUGGCGUCUCUGAAAACAAAGAGACAACAUAACCGGAAAGUCAGCUUCAACAUUCCAGAGACUGACCAGAAAAUCCACCUAGUAUUUAACAUCAGCGCCAGUGUAGCACUGCCAAAUGAUAAAAAUGACACAGCGGAAUCAGAUAAUCAAAGACGACUCCUUCACAUGUUGGAACGCGUUACAAGGCGGCUGAAGAGGGCAUUGGACAGCGAGCCACUUUAUCAAUUCUCCUUUGGCUCUGAGAUUAUUCAGUCAGACAGCAAGUCACUGGAGAGCAGCAAAACAGCUUUAUUCUGCAGACCAGGCUCUGUGCUGAAGGAACGUAUGUGUGUGAACUGCCCCGUGGGAACAUAUUACUCAUUGGAACACAGCGCUUGUGAAAGCUGCUGGAUAGGGGCCUACCAGGAUCAAGAGGGACAGCUGGAAUGCAAGAUGUGUCCCCCUGGCACUUCAACUGAAUAUAUGCAUGGCAGGAGCACUGAUGAAUGCAAGGGUCAGUGCAGGCCUGGAACUUACUCUACAAAUGGCCUGGAAACGUGUGAAUCUUGUCCACUGGGGACCUUUCAGCCAGCGUAUCGUGCAAAGAGGUGCCUUUCAUGUCCAGAUGGUUUGACCACAGUGAAAAGAGGAGCCAUUGAAGUUUCUGAGUGCGGAGUGCCGUGUACAGCAGGACAUGUUUCUCGCUCUGGUAUCGUGCCUUGCUACCCUUGUCCCAGAGAUUAUUAUCAACCUGAUGCAGGCAAGUCAUUCUGUCUAGCCUGCCCACUCUACGGUACAACCACCAUCACUGGAGCCACCUCCCGAAGUGACUGCUCUGGUUUCAACUCUGGAUAUAUAGUGGCAACAGCGAGUCAACUGAUACCAACACCUCUGGAGAAGAAAUCGAUGCUUAUAGCAAAUCAGGAGUUUAAUGAAUGCUUCUUGCAACCAUGCCAGCACAAUGGGAGCUGUGAAAGUGUUGGGUCAGGACACGCUUGUGUGUGUCAGCCUGGAUUUACAGGCUCUAACUGUGAAACAAACAUCAACGAGUGUGCGUCAGACCCCUGCCAAAACAGUGCCGCAUGCCAGGACGGAGUCGGAAAGUUUGUUUGCUUGUGCCAGCCUGGUUUUCUGGGUCUGCUGUGUGAAGAAGAGUUAGACGAGUGUAACUCUCAACCUUGUCUUCAUGAAGGAAGAUGCAUUGAUGGGAUUAAUGCAUAUCACUGCAGAUGUACUGAUGGGUUUAGAGGAGUCCACUGUGAGCUCGAUGUCGAUGAGUGCCUUUCAAUGCCAUGUCUCCACAAUGGGACAUGUCGCAACCUGAUCGGAGGAUUUCAGUGCAUGUGCCGGCCUGGUUUUUCGGGAGACACGUGCGAUGUUAAUAUUAAUGAAUGUGCCAGCUUGCCCUGUUUAAAUGGAGGGUCAUGCAUGGAUGAUGUCAACAACUUCAGGUGUCAGUGUGUCCCAGGCUACACUGGUUUGGUCUGUGAAAUAGAUGUGAAUGAAUGUGAGUCAAAUCCGUGUCUGAACCAUGGGCUGUGUGUGGAUGAUCUAGCCUCGUACACCUGCAACUGCCAGCCAGGCUUCAACGGAACCCGAUGUGAAACAGAGUUAUCUUCCAACUUUAACCUGGAUUUUGAUGUCUCGGGAAUCUAUGGCUAUGUUUUACUGGAUAACAUGUUACCAAUGCUCAGUGCUCUUACCUGUGCUUUCUGGAUGAAAUCUUCUGAUACCACAAACUACGGGACUCCAAUUUCCUAUGCCUUGGACAAUGGCUGUGACAAUGCAUUCCUACUAACGGAUUACAAUGGUUGGGUAUUAUACGUCAAUGGCAAGGAGAAAGUUACCGAUUGCCCAUCAGUAAACGAUGGGAGGUGGCACCACAUCUCCAUCACCUGGAAUAGCACGGACGGAGCGUGGAGAGUUUAUAUAGAUGGAAAAGUCUCCGAUGGAGGCAAGGGUCUUUCCACUGGAGCAAGUAUACCAGGUGGUGGAGUAUUGGUGCUUGGACAGGAGCAGGAUCAGAGAGGAGAAGGCUUUAACCCUGCAGAGUCUUUUGUGGGUUCAUUGAGCCAGUUAAACAUAUGGGAUUAUGUCCUCACACCAGGACAGGUCAAGUUACUGGCCACAGCUUGUCCCGAUGACCUUAAAAAAGGCAAUGUGUUGGCUUGGCCUGACUUUCUGUCAGGAAUUGUCGGAAGAGUGAAGAAAAACCCCAGGAGUCCUUUCUGUGCUGAUUGCCCCAUGUUGGAAGGAUCUCAGCCCAGUCUCCGAGUGUCCAGUCCUGAUGUAAAGCCAGGGUCAAGAGUGGAGCUGUCUUGCGAAUUGGGUUACCACCUUGUUGGCAACAGUGUGCAGCACUGUCAGAACCUUGGAGCUUGGAGCUAUCCAAUCCCCUCCUGUGAAAGGAUUAACUGUGGCCUGCCUCCUGCCCUGGACAACGGGAGCUUUACUGCUGAAGACUACCUCUUUGGCAGUGCUGUGUCCUAUCUGUGUAACAACGGUUACUACCUAUUGGGGGAUUCCAAACUCUUUUGUGCUGUUGAUGGAGACUGGGUUGGCGUUGUGCCUGUCUGCCUUGAUCUCGACGAAUGCGCAUUAGGGUCAGAUUGUGACACAAGGUCUGAAUGCACCAAUACCGUUGGAUCGUACACUUGCACCUGCAGGCCACCGUACACUGGUGAUGGAAGAAACUGCACUGAUCCAAUUAGCUGUAAAGACCCUGGGAGGCCUGCUCAUGGCCAGGCUCAGGGCGAUGUGUACUUUGUCGGAGGUCAGGUGACCUUUUCUUGUGAGGAUGGAUACCAAUUGGACGGUACUCAGAAUGUCACAUGUUUAGAGGAUGGGCUGUGGAGUGAUGCAAUGCCUCGCUGCCAAGCUCGAUCCUGUGGGGUACCUGACAUUCCAACAAAUGGUACAACUGAAGGGAUUGACUUCACCUUUGGUGGGAAGGUGAUGUACAGUUGCAAUAAGGGAUAUGUGUUGUCUGGAGCAGCAGAAAUCUCUUGUUUAGCAAAUGGUAGUUGGAGUCAUGAACCACCUACUUGUGAACCUCUGAUGUGCCCUACCCCACAGGAUACUGACAGUGGUAGAUACAACUUGAAUGGGAUCACAUACCUCUCUACAGUUUCAUACACCUGCAACAGUGGCUAUCAGUUGCAGGGACCAUCCACACUAACCUGUAACAGCACCGGCCAAUGGAAUGGCACCACGCCAGUGUGUGAGAUCAUAUCUUGUGGGCCACCUCCUGCACUUCCCAAUGCUUUCAUCAUCGGAGACAACUUCAUCUUUGGAAACUCAAUUUCCUAUGGCUGUAAGGAAGGCUAUACUUUGAUAGGUUCAGAGAGUAAGGAGUGUCUGUCCAAUGGGGAGUGGAGUCCAAGUGCACCACAGUGCGUUCCUCUGUCUUGUGGCCCAGCUCCAAAUAUUGACCACGCCCUCCCUGAAACCGGCCACCAACUCUACGGGGACAUUGCCAUCUAUUACUGCACGGACGGGUACAGCAUCUCAGGCAACUCACAGCUGGUCUGCAACUCCCAAGGAUCCUGGGCCCCACCCAAGGGCCAGCCUGUGCCCCACUGCGUGGCAGACUUUUGCCAGAAGCCGCCAUUUGCGCCCUACGCCAUCCUGGAGACCAUUGGCAAGGAGAAGUUUGCAGCCGGCACCCAGGUCACCUACAAAUGCGCGGAAGGCUUCGUGUUGAACACCUCAGCCUCCAUCGAGUGUGUUCGGGGUGGGGAGUGGAGCCCCUCACCGUUCAGCAUUCAGUGCAUCCCCGUGCGCUGCGGGGAGCCUCCCGUCAUCAAGCGGGGCCAGGUCAGUGGAGCCAACUACAGCUUUGGGGCCAUCGUGGCGUACACUUGCAACACGGGCUUCUACGUCAAAGGCGAUAAGAAACGAACGUGCCAGGCAGAUGGAGAAUGGAGUGGGCAGCUGCCCAGUUGCCAGCCCGUGUCGUGUGGCGAUCCUCCUCGUGUUGCAAAUGGAAAUGUUGAAAUGAAGAAUGGCACUUUGUUUCAGAGUGAAGUCAGGUAUCGUUGUAAUCCUGGUUAUCAAUUGGUGGGGAGUCCCAUUCGUACCUGCCAGGGCAACCGACACUGGUACAGUGAAUCGUCUCCUUCCUGUGUGCUUGUGAGCUGCGGCCGACCUCCAGCUGUCGAACACGGGCACUUUGAGGGAUCAGACUUCAGCCUAGACUCGCGAGUCAGACUCCACUGUGAGGAAGGUUACGCCAUCUCUGGGGACUCGCUGUUGACCUGUCAGGGCGACGGCAAGUGGGGAGGAAACCAGAUGCCAGAGUGCCAUCGGCUGAGGUGCCCAGAGCCGCUGGCCCCCGGGCAGGAGAGUCACUUGACUGUCCACGAGACAAACACGAGUGGGAUUAUUCAGCUGGAGUGCGCGGAGGGCUACACGUUGGAGGGGCCAUCGAUUUUGAAGUGCCUGGCCUCUCAGCGGUGGAACGACUCCUUGGCGGUUUGCAGGCCCGUUGUUUGUGGGAGGCCCCCGGAGAUCCAGUACGGUGAUGUUUUGGUUUCUGACCUUCACUUUGGCAGCAUUGCCAACUACACCUGCACCGAUGGAUUUGUAGCCAAGGGGGAGUCAUUCCUGACCUGCCAAGCCAAUGGAACCUGGGGCUUACUGGUGCCAGAGUGUGUGGCAGUCGAGUGUCUGCAGCCCGAGCUGAUCGGAAAUGGAAUUGUAGACAUCCAGGGACUGACCUAUCUUGGCAAAGCCGUGUACACAUGUAAGCCAGGCUUCCGGUUAAUAGGGAAUACCACGGUGAUUUGUGGUGAAGAUGGUGAAUGGCGGGGGAAAAGGCCAAUCUGUAAGCCCAUCGAAUGCCCUGCUCCACAAGAAAUAGCUGGUGGGAGAGCUUUGUUUGAGAAGGUAUACUAUAGAGAUACCAUCACGUACGUGUGCAACACAGGCUUUAGGCUGGAAGGCCAGGAAAGUCUGACUUGUUCAGAGACAGGUCAGUGGAAUGGAAAGGCCCCUGUCUGCAAACCCAUCAAAUGUGACCCUCCUCAGCUUAUAGAAAAUGGUUUUGUCGAAGGCUCUGAUCACAGCUUCGGCGCACUCAUAUUCUACAGCUGCUUCCCUGGUUUCCAUUUAAUCGGGAACUCCAUGCACGUCUGUGAGGAAUCCUCCUGGUCCAGUGCCCUCCCUUACUGUGCGCCAGUCGACUGUGGCCUCCCACCUCAUAUCGAUUUUGGAUGGUACGCGAUCAUCCAGAGUCAGGACAGACAAGGCAACGAAGGACUUGAAAGCUUUGUGCAACCAGACGAUCCGGCAAGUGACUCUGACACCGCGAACAACCUCCUCACGUCAGACUUUGGGACCAACAAGGAUACUCCGACUUCAGUUUCUGAGCAAAUGAGCUCCAGCAACAAGAAGCAGAUAUGGAAUACUCCAGCGAACAUGGGCCUACUGCAGACAUCCGAGUUCUUCAGUGGAACUAUCAUUCAUUAUUAUUGUUACAGUAAUUACAAGCUGGUAGGAUCUCAUGUGCUAGAGUGCCAAGAAGAUGGCCUUUGGAAUGGCAGUGCCCCUGCCUGUCUACUGAUAGAGUGCGAGCUCCCAGUGAAUCCAGAAAAUGGAUACAUCAAGUUUUCGAGCAACUCACUUGGGAGUGUGGUGCAAUAUGAGUGUGACCCUGGCUACGAGCUUGUAGGUUCAGCUACUGGGUACUGUACGUCGCGUAGUGAAUGGAGUACUGCACCCCCGGUGUGCCAACUUGUAUCAUGUGGAACUCCCAGCCAAAUUGCAAAUGGCAUGGUGAAUGGUAGUAACUACACUUACACCAGUGUGAUUGUAUACAAGUGUAGUUUUGGAUUUCUAUUAGUUGGGGAUGAGAGGAGAACCUGCCAGGACAAUAAAGAAUGGGAUAGAGAGGAGCCGCAGUGUGUCCCAAUCUCUUGCGGGCUGCCACCCAUUCCUGACAAUGGCAACGUGACCUGGAGGGAAUAUACAUUCCAGAGCCUGGCGAAUUAUAGCUGCAAUUUCGGAUUCCUGAUUGAGGGAGAUUUGACUCGCGUCUGUCUCGCUAACGGAAGCUGGAGUGGGAAGGUGCCGGAAUGCAGGUUGGUAGCAUGUCCACCGCUUGCGGCUAUACAGAAUGGACAAACCGUCGGAUCGGAAUUCACACAUGGGAAGGAAAUAGGUUUCCAGUGUGAGGACGGUUACCUAUUACACGGUGCACCGAGCAUCAUGUGCCAGGCGGAUAGCAAAUGGAGUGACGAGGCACCACAGUGCAUGCCCAUCAGCUGUGGACCUCCAGAAGAUAUCUCCUAUGGAUUUAUAAAUGGGUCUAAUUUCAGAUUUGGUGACUCUGUAAAGUACAUCUGCUUUGUCGGAUACAAGCUGACAGGGACUCUAGUUAGGCAUUGUCUACAAAACGGCUCGUGGAGUGGCAGCGUCCCAGAGUGUAAACCAUGCAAGUGUCAACAGCCAGUUGUCCAUAACGGGUUUACUACAAGUCAAGAUACCAGCUGUGGGAGCCUAAUAUCCUUCCAGUGCGAGGAAGGUUUCAAGCUGCUGGGCCCCUCACAGAUUCUAUGCGAAGAUGGAGGCUCAUGGAAUUCAAGUCUUCCAUACUGCGGCCGGAUUUCUUGUGGCUCACCUCCAUUCAUACGCAAUGCUUUCUUUAACGGAAGCAGCUCCUUGCAUGGCAAUGCCAUAGCCUACAACUGUUUGCCCGGCUACACCAUAAAGGGGAAUCCAGAGGUGCUCUGCACAGAGAAAGGGAGAUGGAGUCGACCGUAUCCAAAAUGUGUGCCACUGCUCUGUGGCCCACCCCCACCAGUGCAGAAUGCUGCUACUGUAGGAGACCUGUACACAUUCAAGAGUAAAAUUCGUUAUAGAUGUUUAGAGGGCUAUGUAAUGGAAACUGAGGAAGAUAUAAGAACAUGUUUAGAAGAUGGUUCUUGGUCCACUCAUCGUAUUAAAUGCAAACAACAGUCUUGUCCUCUGCCAUUCAGCAAUAUGACAAAUGUUGUUGUCUCUGGAACACAAUUUACACUCAAUAAGAGUAUUGUCAUCUCCUGUAGAGAAGGGUACAGACUGUCGGGAGCAAACUUGUCUACCUGCCAGCCGAAUGGUUUCUGGGAUCCACCAAUUUCAGAUAUUUUCUGCCUCCCUGUAUCCUGUGUGGAACCACUCCCUCCAUCUCAUGGCUCAGUUAAAGGAACCAGCUAUGAAUACCAAGACAGUGUGACUUACCAGUGUGAUUACGGCUAUGAGUUACAGGGCGAUGUGGAGAGAUACUGUCAAGAAGACGGGACAUGGAACGGAACAGAAGCUUCCUGUCGGAGAAUCAUAUGUGAACCACAUUCACUGGUCGACAACGCAGUGUCUAUUGGAGCUGGAGAUAUGUAUAUGAAUAACAUCACCUUUGUUUGUAACCUUGGUUACCGUCAAGUGUUGUGCAAUGCACCAUCUUCACCCCCAAAUGGACAAGUUCAGUACAACACCCUUGAAGUUGGUCAAAUGAUCGAAUUCUAUUGUGAUGAAGGCUAUGAUGUUGAAGGGAUAUCUUCCGCUGAAUGUAUGGCCAAUGGGAGCUGGAGUCAACCUGUACCUGUGUGUAAAGGAAAACAUUGUGCUGCUCCUCCCAACAUGCCAGAGGGGGCUGUCCUUACAGACACAGUUUUCUAUGUGAACCAGAAGGUCACAAUUCAGUGCCAGAGAGGUUAUCAACUACAUGGAAACUCAGUCAUUAUGUGUCAUACCAACCAGACAUGGAGUCCAGUCACUGCCUAUUGUGAGAAAAUAUCUUGCGGAGCACCAGUUCAGGUGAAAAAUGCAUUUGUCCGAGGAGCGUUUUAUCAUGUGGGAGACAUAGCAAUGUACUCCUGUUACAGCGGAUACAUGCUGGAAGGGUCAAGGGCAAGUAGCUGCCUGGAGAAUGGAACUUGGAGCAUACCUCCCAUUUGCAGAGCUGUCUGUCGGUUUCCUUGUCAAAAUGGUGGCACCUGUGAAAGACCCGACACGUGCACUUGUCCUGAAGGAUGGAUGGGGCGUCUCUGUGAAACACCAAGCUGCAUCCUACCAUGCUUGAAUGGAGGCCUCUGUUUAGCACCGUACAAAUGUGAUUGCCCAUCAGGUUGGACUGGUUCACGUUGCCAGCGUGCUGUGUGUCAAUCUCCAUGUUUAAAUGGUGGCAAAUGCAUUCGGCCUAAUCGAUGUCACUGUCUACCUACUUGGAGUGGCAAUGACUGCUCAAGGAAGAGAAAGUCUGCCUAUUUCUCCCUCUCCUAAAUAAUGUCACAACCUGCAAAGACUCUCAAGUAUCUGCUUUAACUGAACUGCUGGCAAAGGUGACACUACAAUGGCAUUUAACUACACCACUUCAUUGUGUAUUGUUUGCAAUCCUGAUAUAUUUUGAUACAAUUCUGUAAAACAAAGCUGUAUUUUUUCAUAUGCAAGAUGAUUUUUAAGAAAAAUACUGUAUAAUGUUUUAAGGGCAUCUUUGACGAAUCAUAAAUUUGCAUUUUUACACACUCAACAGUAUAGAUUAAGCUACAGGUCAAAUAGAUUAACUUUAGAAAGUGAAAGUUGUAAAAUUUUAAUUCAUGAUUUGUAAUUUUUUUUAAGAGCCAGGUUUUUACCCUAUCUGGCUUUUGCAACAGCAAGUAGCACUCACAAUAAUCAAUAAAAUGUUUGUGUCUCAAGUUGCUUCAAAAUGGCAUGAGAGCCAUGAUCACUUAAAAACACACCAUCAAAAUGUUCCAGGCUGCAUCUGUUUGACUUGAUUGUAAGGAACUACAGUGACAACAUUGCAAGUAGCCAAUUUUAAUUUUACAAAUGUGUAUAUAUGGAUUCAGUAAGUGAAAUAAGUCGUGUGAGAAUAUCUUCUUUCAUCCAUCACAUGAUUAUACAAAUAAAACCAA